CGUCCUUUGCGCCGGACAAGUGCCAACAGAGUCCGAUGACACGGUCGUCGAUUGACCGCGGCGGUUGGUUGGUCAAUCGAAGGGCCGCCGCCGUCCCAAGUGGAAGUCGGAACGCGCGAUCGGGAUUUUUGUGUUCAGUUUAUUAUUGUGUGUGUGUGAUUUUAAAGGAAGAGACCGCGUUGAGGUUGUCCCACCAUGGUGUCCCAGGGGAUGUUCCGGCUGAUGGGGUACAUCUACUCCAUCAUAGCCGCGAUCGGAUCAACCAUCCAGGCCGGAAGCUGCCUGGUCAAGUCAGCAGUUGAUGAACGCGAUUCCAGUUCGAGCAUUGGAUUUCUGGUGGCCAUUUCGUGGGUUAUUUUUAGCAUAAUUCUGUUCGUCGGAAUCAAAACGGACAACGUGAGCUACCUGGAGGCGCACCGGAUAUUUCUGUUUGUGGCCACCACGGUCAACCUGAUGUACGUGAUACUGGCGUGCACCUCGGUGAAGGGCAGUGUCGUCCAGUGGAACGUCGAGAUGACGCUGACGUUCCUGCUGAUGGUGACGGUGGUGUUGAGCAUUUUCGGGUUUGUACUCUGGGUGCUGAACGGGUUGAUACGAUACGCAACCAACGAUUUGGAUCAGGAUAUUUAAAUUAAUUUGCACUCACCUUAGAUUAAUCCUUACAAAUGAGUAUUAAGUUGCACUAGUUUUGCGCGCUUUAGAUUACAAAUGCACAAAGAACUGUUUGAAUACCUAGUUGAAACGUUGAAAGGAGAGUUAUACUUAAGUUAGCCAGACUCUGCUGUAAAAACUGCUGGAAUUCUUAAUAAUGUGUAAAUGCUGUUAAUUAUUCAAUAAAUGAUAAUCCAGGAAAACAUGCGAAAUAAUUGUCACUACAGUAAUGGUCAAAAUUUUCAGACAUUCACUUGCAUUUUAACCAAAUCUAUCAAAUUUUUUAACAUAAAGCAGGCCGAGCUCCUGUGGUCUAUUGGUUACAGGUUUCGUUUGAUAAACGGAAGGUCGUGGUUUGAAACCCACAUGGCUUGGCACCACCUUUCCUCGUACUUUUCACAUGUUUCGAGGACCGGCUGUGCUCUGUAUAUUUGCAUCUGCGGAGUGCGCUGGGCCCAACCGCAAAAUGUGCUUGGAGGGACAAAAAAAAACUGCUUAGCAAGAGUCCCGGGCUUUUGGGAUUUCACUGGGAACACAUCCUAAGAAGCGUAAUAAAAAAAAAGUGCACUUCAGUUCUAGCGACACAUAUGGAAAGUACAACAGCACAGAGGAAAGGAAAAAUGUUACGGCGUGUGGACAGAUCAACACACUUGCUCAACAAUAGCGCGUGUACUUUGUUCCCCAAAUGCCCAAGAACAGCAAAUUGGCAGCCUCUGCAGAUCUAAAAAGUAGAUCAGCAGGUCGACAAUAGAUCAAAUAAAUGGUCGCAGUGGACUCAUGGCAAUCAAA